CAUCAGAUGCCUGUAAAGGGGGAAUAUAGAGCACUUAAUAAUGGUGUAGUACCAAGAAAAAAAUAGGAUUAUAGUGUGAUUAUCACAAGAGUCUCAACAUACAUGUACAAACCGGUACCCCUAAUUACAUGCACUAUGUACUUUUAACCAGCGUAUUGUUUUGCUCCUUUUCUCCCAUCUCUACUUUCCUUUUCAACCUUCCAUUAAAGAAAGCUCCAAGAAAUGGAGCUUCCCUUUGGGAAAUACUCCACUUCAGCUCAAAGAUUUGUACUUUUAGUUUUAGCAGUUGCAGUUCUUGGUCUUAUCCCUCUUUACCACCCAUUUAAUUUUUACCCAGCAGAUUUAGUAACCCGAAAUCCAUCUGAAAUUUCACCCACAUACCAUGCUGAAGAGCAGAACAUAGACAUUAAAGAACCAGAAAAAUGUGAUAUUUUCAGUGGAAAAUGGGUUUGGAAUCCGGAUGCUCCAUAUUAUACAAAUAUGACAUGUACUGAAAUCCAUGAGCAUCAAAAUUGUAUGAAGUAUGGAAGACCAGAUAGUGAUUAUUUGAAGUGGAGAUGGAAGCCUAAUGGGUGUGAACUGCCCAUUUUCAACCCGUUUCAGUUUCUUGAGGUGGUAAGAAACAAGUCUUUGGCAGUUGUGGGUGACUCAGUUGCUAGAAAUCAAAUGCAGUCAUUGAUAUGCCUCUUGUCCCGGGUGGAAUAUCCUGUUGAUAUUUCUGACAAUCCAGAUCAAUCUUUCAAAAAGUAUAAAUACGCAACUUACAACUUCACUCUAGCAAUGUAUUGGUCACCAUUUUUGGUUUCAACGAAAGAAGCAGAUGCAGAUGGUCCAUGCCAUACUGGACUCUACAACCUUUACCUAGAUGAAGCAGAUGAGAAAUGGACCACCCAAAUUGAGGGGUAUGACUAUGUCAUCUUAAACGCAGGCCAUUGGUUUGCCAUUUGCAGUUGUAUCUUCGAGAACAACCAACGAGUUUUUGCCAACUUGACUGCCAAAUAUUGCUUGUGA